AAAUGUCAGUUCCAACCUGACAGUUGUCUGUUUUACUGUGGGUUUCUCCAUUUCGUUUUGACAUUUGGCUGGCACACUCUUGACGUUUACUACACUCCAUCACUGUGGCCAUUGUGUCCGUCCACUUGCACACGAGUUGUGUGUUGCUUACAGAGCUGUUGCUUUGUUUAUUCUAGUAAAGUUUCGUAACAGUUUGAUUUUCUAUUUUGUUAUUGUGAAGUGUUUUGUUUGUGUUUGAAGUAGUAUUGUUCGAUUGCUGCUGCUGUUUAACUAUAAAUUCUUUGUUUUUUUCCUGCUGAAUUAAAAACAAGAGGCAUAAACAACCCAAAAUGUCAUGUACGAGUAAAAUUAUCCUCCAACUUUUGGUUAUCUGCACUGCGUUGUGUGGCACUGCCUUGGCUAUCAAUUGUUACGUCUGUGACGCCUCCGACACCCAAACGCCCUUCCAGUGUGGCGAAUGGUUUGAACGUUUCGACGAGCCAGACAUACAGCCGCAGAAUUGCUCGAAUGUGCACGAUGCCAAGUUCUGUAUUAAGCAUAUCGGCCGCUAUGAGGGUGGCAUUGGCGCGAAGCGAUUCUGCUCCUCCAAGGAUUUGGGCAACUAUUGUGAUUAUGUGAAGAACAAAGGUGAUCGCAUGGAUUAUCGUUCGUGUAUCUACACUUGCAGCACAGAUGGAUGCAAUGGAGCGAGUAGUCUGCGGCCUUGGAUAGCCGCCAUUGUGGCGUCAUUGUUGUUGGCCGCCAGGUUUUGGUGCUGCUGAGCGAAGUGGUCAAUAAUAAGUCAAGUCAUGCGUGAAAAUGGCUGAAUAACACGAAAUAAAUAGUUUAGAAGUUAGAAAUUUACUUAUAAUUAAUUGCAAUGCAGUAAAGUGCCUUCGCUGCCGCUGUCACUCGAAUUGUUAGUGUGACGAAGAACAAAUUUUUGCUACACCAAAUAGUGUUUGAUAAAUAUUUUAAAGAAAAU